AUGAAUAUCAGCCACGCAAAUUCGUAUGGCAAUGGGCUGUUGUUUGCAGGCUUCAAUCAAGACCAAGGUAUUGUGUUUUUGGUACAUUCUUGAGAUGGAUGUAACCUUAUGUCGUGAUGAUGCGACUCGACUGACAAUUCUUGCGUACUUCCUUCUUUGAAUAUAAGGUUGUUUUGCCUGUGGCAUGGAAAAAGGUUUUAGGAUAUACAAUUGCGAUCCUUUGAAGGAAAAAGAACGCCAAGGUAUGAUAUUAUCAGUGGGGCUCCAACGUACUAAUUAGAUUAUUAAAUUGAUCUUUUGCUGUCAUCAUCAUAGUAGAUUAGUAGGUACUAGCUUUAAGCUGUUAAACUUUUCUACUUUUAAAAACCCAUUUUACGAUUUCCCUCUCGAGAGGGCAGGAAAGUAGUCUUAUAUCUCCUGAAGGAAACAAGCUUUGCUAAUUCAAAACCUGGACGUUAUUCUUAUAUAACAGACCGACCAAACUGCAGGAACUGAGAAUCUGGAGAUUAAUUUUGAUUAAAAGGUGGGCCCAAAAACGUGGACACCACAGCAGAAAUGUCAACGUUCAUAUAAUCAGAAAGUAAUAUAAUGUACCAGUAUUCAAAGAAAGUCAUGUCAGUGAGCCCAUGUGGCUAGUGGAUUUUGUGAGUGCUUUAUUGCCUAGUCCCUAUACGGCGUCUUUCCAGGCCUUUUCUCGGUCAAUGCAUUUUGGUCACGUAUCCGAGACGAACGGCCGGGAGACGCCUAGACAAUGUCGGAGUGCGCAUGCGUGAGCAUUUUUGAAAAGUUCCCCCGUUCAACUGAAAUAAACUAUAAAUAACUUUGCGCGUGAAUAUCCUUCACUUAAAGAUUGGCACUAUCCUGGUUUCUGUUAUCAAAGAACAAAAUUGUUACUUUGAAUCGGAAAGAAUACUACUGUAUAACGUGCGAGUAAUUUCUCUUUUAGUUCAUUUUCAAAUGAACUAUUAAAAUGAUAUUUCUUUAUUGAUAAAAAGAUUUGAAACAGUAGUUUGUUGACAUUUCUACCAAAUUUAGAGACCAAAUUCAACAGCCUGUCCAAGUAGUUUGAUAAGCUUCCAAAUCCAAAAAUUAAAUUACUUAAAAUAUUUCAAAGUGAAAUGAUAACGAGAAAUUUAUAGGAGCAAGUGAAAAUAGAGAAACGAAAGAUAGCUUUUCAUAUCCAAGAAUAAAUAUAAACUUAUUUCUUUAGCUUACCGUCCGAUUCUUGAUCAAAUAAUUUCUUUGCGAUGCUGUUUUUGCUUAGCCUACAAUAGUUUUUGAGAUAAAGUAAAGUUCAAAUUAGUUUAAUGAGAUAAAUGAAAAAGAAAGGCCAAAGGACUUUCAACAAUGAAAACGUGCAUAGAAUAAAAAUGCUCGGUUUAACUCUUUAUCCUCUGUACUCUCCAUGGCUGCUGUCAUCAGCGCGGAAAAGUUAUUGACAGCUCGCCCGCUUCCAAAAGCUCCGCCCCAAGUGAGACAAAAUGUCUCACUUCUCUGAGUUUGUCUAGGCCUCAAAAACUUUCUCGGACCACCUGACCUGAAACGCAUUGGCCAUGCAUAAAAAUGAGGCCUAGGAUCUAGGCAAAGUGCUUUAGUAAAUUCUGUUCUUAACUUGCCCGAUGGGCAAAGGAAUUUUUUUGGGAUUUUAUUUGGAGAAUUGUGUGCAACUCUUAAAAAAUCCUGGCUAUGCCCCUGUAGUACUUGCUAACUGCAGCAUGCUCAAAAGGCAAGCUCUUACACUGACUUACUUUACACCCUGAUCAGUGCCUAUGGCAGAGAGACGGAUGUUGGUGCUGUCCUCAAAUGUCAGGAGACCAGUUGCAUCAAGCUUACGACAAAAAAUUUCAAAUGAAAAAUAAAACCUUUGUACAUGGUACUAAUUCAAACUAGAUAAAUUCAGGUUGAGAAUUAGUAAUACUACUCUGUCUUUAGAAUUUAUACUCAACAGAGACUGAGAAAAUCAUCUGAAUGGAAUGACAAUGAAUGUCUCAACCCCAUUACAACCACUCUUUUAGUGCAGCAUUAGUUUUGAUGGCACAACGGUGACGUCAUUGUUGCAAUUCUUAAGUAUAAAGUAAUCACAGCUCCUUUUAUCAUAGAAGUUUUUUAUUUGUUGCUGAGGUAAGGAAACAAGUAGGGCCCUGUUUUUCAGUACCCAGGUAACACAGAUGUGAUCUGUUUUAUUCUUUAACCGUUUUUGUACAAGAGAUAUGAUAAAGUAAACUGGUCGGCAUGUUGUUAAUUACUCCAAGUUUAAUCUGUCUGUCUGGCAUACAUAAGGAACUAUUUGCUAUUUGUGUUUAUCAUCAGACUAUCUCCUAGACUACAUUAAGGAUUUAUUAAGCUACUUUAGAUCUGUAGACUGAACCAGCUGUGUCUAUUAAUAGUCAAUUUUCUUACAGAUUUUCCUGAUGGAGGCAUCAACUAUGUUGAGAUGCUUUUUCGUUGUAACUAUCUUGCGCUUGUGGGAGGAGGGCAAAAUCCCAAGUAUCCCAAAAAUAAAGGUGACAAUAAACUAUACUAUUAGAAAUAUUUUACCUUUUCUUAUUGACUUUAACUCUUGCUUUACAACCCCUACAAAUUGUAUUACCUCUAUUGCUACAGAAGUAGAAAAUUUUAGCCAAUUAUAGAGUUAGUUUCAGCUCUGGAAAUGGCUUGCAAUGUAGGAAGAAUUUAUAGUUACUUUUGGAAAUGAAUUUAUACAGCAGAAGUGACUUUUGGUGGAAAUCAAACUGGUCCAAAAUGAGAUUUACUGAAAAAAAUCAAUUGAAACACCUUAGUUUCUCGUAACUUGCACAUGUUAUUGCUCCCAGCAAAGAUGGCUCUGUGUUCUUCAAAUGUGAUCAUGAUGAAGUGCUUUUCAGAUCCCCUUCCACGUCCUUGAAACCUCACUUAUUUUCAUGAAAGCUAUCUUCCUAGUAUAUUGGUGAAAGAGUUCACUGCUCUGUGAAGAUGAAAUUGCUUAAUUACUAACUACAAAGGAAUGGAGUGAUUGCAAGGCUAUGGAAAAAUAUUGCUCAAUGGAUGUCAUUUGCUUUUUGAGGAGUAUCAGCAAGGAAAAACCCUGCCCAUGAAAUAGGCAAAUGUUUCAAGAAAGUGUAUGAGAAGGUUGAAACUUAAAAGACUUUAAGAACUAAGAAAUAUUUUUGGUGAAAUAUUAUUACUGAAUUAAGAAAUAUUUUGGGUAAAAAGUUGAACUUACUGAAUUUAGAAAUAUUUUGGGUUGAAAUUAUCACUGAAUUUGGCUUUUGUAUGAUAUGAAGAAUUAUAGGGAUCUUAAAGUAGCUGUUUUUUGCUUUUCUGAGCUAACCUCCCCCCCCCCCAUCAUGAUUCAUCAGUGCUCUACCAAUUCAGCAACUAACAUGAAAGCUGGUCAUUUACUUGGUUCUUGCAGUUCUAAUUUACGAAUUUCAUAUAUUUAUUAUUUCAUCUCAUAAUAUUGUAUUAGUGUGCCUUAUCACAAGUUCUAAUGGUCGGUCUGUUUAAUUUACUCUAUUGUAUUUGUUAAAUUUCCCCCAUUUAUUUAUUUGGCAUCUUGUUUCAUCCUAGUGAUGGUCUGGGAUGAUUUGAAGAAGAAAUGUGUCAUUGAGUUGGAUUUUUCAAGUGACGUCAAAGCUGUGAAACUGAGAAGGGACAGGUAUGUUACAAAUGAACAGCUGAUUCUGAUCAAUGGAUGGCUUAUUGUUUCUUUAGCAGCUAAGUCGAUCAUAACAAAGCCCUGCUAUUUACUGAUAACAUUUAAUUUCACUGCUUCUCUUUUUAGGAUAGUUGUUGUGCUUGCAGAGCUCAUAAAAGUCUUCACCUUCACUCAAAAUCCUCAGCAGCUCCAUGUGUUUGAAACAGCUCUGAACCCUAAAGGUGUAGUUAUCAUUGUAUCAUUGAUCAGUUGUCUCAUUUCAAACUAUUUAUCUUUACUGUGCACUGAAUUUAGUAUGUGAGUCUGUGCUCAAUUAUGACUGCAGACAGACAGACCUACGAUUAACAUGCGUUUUCAAAGGGAAACAGAAAGUACUGGAAAAUUUGUUUUACUUUGCAGUGACUUUUCAAAGGCCAGUUUUGGAUUUUUUAUCGUCUCGUUUAGAACAUACUGAUUUUAAGUGUAGGGUGUUGAAUUUAUAGAUUAGGGUUUUUUUUGUCCUCUUCCCUAAAAUAAAAAUAAAAAACAAAUUGUUUUUGCCUUAUUUCAUUAGGUUUGUGUGUGCUAUGUCCAAGCAGCAACAACUCAUUAUUAGCAUUUCCUGCACGAAAGACAGGCCAUGUACAGAUUGUUGAUUUAGCCAACACAGAACGACCUCCACAAGAGAUUGCAGCUCAUGAGGCAGCACUGAGCUGCAUAGCAAUGAAUUUACAGGGAACAAGGCUCGCUACAGCCUCAGAAAAGGUAUGUUAAAAUACUUAAUUUGCUGUGAUGAAACUGGCCUCUUGUAGCAAUCAAAGUGACACCUUUGAGUGUCUUUACAGUGACCUAUUAUUACAUUGUAAAUUUUUAUGGUUAUUAAUGAUAGUACUGAAACGUUACUCACAAACAGUGCUGCCAAAGUAUUCAGACAGUCAAUUAUUCCAAUGCCUCUUCUUACUCAAUUCUCUUUGCAUCCCUUAAUGAGUCAACACUGGAAAGUGUGCCUUAAUCAGAUUGUCACUGAACUACUGCAAAUAGUAAUGGAUAUUGUUUAUCCCUAGGGAACUUUAAUAAGAGUGUUUGAUACAAGUAGUGGAACACAACUUCAUGAGCUAAGGCGUGGGUCUGGAAGUGCUAAUAUUUACUGGUAAGAACUUAAUUAAUAAGGAAAGAAACACUUAUACAGCAAAAUCUUGAUUUCUUGUACCUCCUGGAAAAGGUUGACAUUACCCAUGCAGGUCCAAAAAAUUACCUAGGGUUAGAAUUUCAAUGUUUGAUUAUGCAGUGAAUGCUUUUAGCCCAUUUGCUCCCGGGAGUUUUGCUGAAAAUGCACUCUGAAGCUAGUCAAGCCAUUUUGUGUGGUGACAGUCUGCUAUAAAGAGCAAAAACUUACCACUGAGCCAAUAAUUUUAUAGGUUGACACUUCAUGGCCUUUUUAUCCACUGGAUGCAAAACAUUAGCAUUUGAAUUCUGGGUAUGUGCAGAAAGCAAAAUAUUUGCUCCCCCCAGUUCCCUCUUCUUUUGCUAAUUUUCUUUCUUUUGCUGGGCAUUCAGUGGACUUCAUUUCAGUGGAAAAAGUUUUUGGAAAAGCUUUCGGGAACUUAGGAAAGGCCAGUGGGUAGUGGAACAAGAUUUCAUGGGAAUUUUUGGGUCAAUCGUGUCAUGGUUUUUUGCCUUUUUCUCUGGCCUCCUUGACCAAAUCUCAAUCAUGCUCAUUCUGGUAUGGCUUGAAAGAUCUGAUCAACCUUCCAAAGUUUAUAGCUGACAAAGUUGUCCUUGACCAUUAAAACUGAUGAGGUUACAAGCAGUAGAAGGGACGCAUGGAUCUGCACAGGCAGUUAUGGGGAGUUCAGGGGUGAAUGGGUUAAUCAAAAAACCUAAAAGUUGUUGUUUGCUGGCUUUUUUAUGUGAUUCAACAUUUUAUGGCUAGAUUUGGUUGUUUUAUGCUAAAAGUCAGUCAGACCACAUGACUUUUUAUUUUGCUUUAAGGUAAGGAGCCUUCUACUUUUGAUUCAUUCACAGUAUCAACUUUAACCAUGAUUCAGAACUGCUUUGUGUAUCCAGUGACCAUGGCACUGUGCACAUAUUUGAUAUUGAAGAACCCAAGAAAAACAAACAGUCAAGGUAUGAUUGUGCUUUCCCCUUCUGGUUACAGUAUACUUUGCAACCAUGCAUUUCAUACCCUAAACAUUGUCUUUAGUCAUAAAAGCAGACCUUCUGAUGUAUAUGUUACAGGUCAAAGUUGAUUAUGGGUUAAGAGUUUUCAACCUAGGUUGAUUCUCAAUUUCUAGUUUGUCUUCUGAGAAUUCCCCCCACCUUGGUUAAAUCAAAGUUAACCUGAAAUAAAAUUUCACUUGUAACAUAUACUAGUGUAAAAAAAUGGUCAGGAAAUUGUGUAUAUUAAUUUCAAGGAGGUCAUUAUGCUGCAAAAAGGAUCAUAUUUUUUGCUCAUGUGAUUUCUUUGGUCUGUGGAGAAAAUAAUAUUUAAUGUUGAAUUGAUAUUAGGUUUUUACUUUGAUUGUAAAAUGUGCCAGUUGCUCCGUGUGAUGUUUCAGUGUUGCUAAUUCUUACAGUGCAUUCAAGAUUGUGCAGAUUAUUUAUUUCAUAUGAACAUUGUUGUAAGGAUCUUAAGCAUAAACACAAGAAUAUCAGAACCUUCGAUGUAUGUUUCUUAUGCUUAUGCCUCUGCUUAUGUCACAGCUUUAAAAACUAGCACAUAAGCUUCUUCUUUGCUAUUGCUUGCAUUAUGCUUACUCUUAUAUUUAUGCUUAUGCCUGCACUUGCAUUACUCAUGACUGCGGGCUUUAGGAUUAUGCUAUUGGAUGUAAUUGAAGUCAGUAAUUUCACAAAAACACAGCAUCACAUACUAUCAGAAACCCUGUAAGAAAAACAACAUUAACUGGCAUCAAUUUGACAUGUGUUACUUAAAACCUGUAAAUAAUAGGCAAAUAAUAUAUCUUUAGGAGGUAAAGUAGUGUGAAUUUCUGUUCACUUUGUGUCUAUUUCUUUAGUCUUGCUUCAGCACAUAACUUUCUUCCAAAGUACUUCAGCUCCAAGUGGAGUUUUUCCAGAUUUCAAGUUCCUGGUGAUCCUCAUUGUGUGUGUGCAUUUGGAACAGAGAAAAACACUGUUAUAGGUAAGCUAAAUGUUAAUCCUAUUUAA